UAGAGUGACCGCAAGGGAGAACUUUGGUUGACGAGCGGUAUAUAAAUAUUGCAGUAGUAGUAGUAGUAGUAGCAGCAGCAGCAGCAAGAAGGAUGCAUCUGCCAGUUCUGUUGUCCCUGCUACUUAGCUUCACAUUUCACACUUUUGCCAUUCCAGUGGAUCGAGGCGACAAAGAUGGAGACAUGGGUCUUGUUAGGAAAUAUUUAGAUGACUUCUACAGCUCUGACCCAGCUGUUAUUGGCCAGUUCAAGAUAGGCGGCUCUGACCCGAUGACUGAAAAACUCAAGGCAAUGCAGAGAUUUUUUAAGCUGAAAGUGACUGGGAAGCCUGACACAGAGACCUUGGAGGUGAUGACAAAGCCCAGGUGUGGCGUACCUGAUUUGGGACAGUAUGCCCUCACUCCUGGGAAUCCUAAAUGGGAGCACAGCAGUAUUACAUACAGGAUAGUGAAUUACACACCAGAUAUGCAUCGUGCCGAAGUGGACAAAGCAAUCCAGAAAGCAUUUGAAGUGUGGAGCAAUGUGUCACCCCUGACGUUCAAAAAGCUGGACACUGGCACUGCAGAUAUCAUGAUCUCUUUUGAAAGAAGAGACCAUGGUGACAAUUCUCCUUUUGAUGGUCCUGAUGGGACACUAGCACAUGCCUUUCAGCCAGGGCCAUAUAUUGGUGGAGAUGCUCAUUUUGAUGAAGAUGAAUUGUGGACUAGUCAAGGCGGAAGAGGUCGCAACCUGUUCCUUGUAGCUGCCCAUGAGUUAGGCCAUUCUCUUGGUCUCUCUCACUCUACUGACUCUGGGGCGCUGAUGUACCCCACUUACUCUUACACCGAACCCAGUGCCUUUAAACUUCCUCAAGAUGAUAUUAACGGCAUUCAAGCCAUCUAUGGAAAGCCAGAUGUGGCAGUACAACCAACUGGACCCACAACACCACAAGCUUGUGACCCUAAGACUACUUUUGAUGCUGUCACCACCUUUCGUGGAGAAAUAAUGAUCUUUAAGGGCAGGCAUUUCUGGCGCAAACUUCCUCAGCUGCCAGAUGUGGAGCUCUAUUUCAUCUCCUCCUUCUGGCCAAGGCUGCCGACAACUGGAAUAGAUGCCGCUUAUGAAAAUUUUGAAAAAGACCUGCUUGUUAUUUUUAAAGGGAACAAAUAUUGGGCUCUAAGUGGAGAUGAAAUCUUGUCCGGAUAUCCUAGGAGCAUUGACCAUCUGGGCUUCCCCAUAACUGUGAAGAAAAUUGAUGCAGCAUUUAGUGAUCGAGAAUCUGGGAAGACAUAUUUCUUCGUAGGUGGCAAGUACUGGAGAUAUGAUGAAGUCAGGCAAUCCAUGGAAAAGGGCUACCCCAAAAGAGUUGCCCUCGACUUUAAAGGUGUUGGCCCCAAAAUUGAUGCUGCUUUACACAACGAUGGCUACGUCUAUUUCUUCCAAGGAACAAAGAUGGUCCAGUUUGAUCUUAACAGUAAACGUGUCGUGUCGAAGAGCCAAAAGAGUAACAGCCUGCUGAACUGUUGAAACAUCUAAUUAGUAUUCCAGAAUCCUUAUUUACUACUACUAUGAAUAUUUAUAUGCCACUUUUCAACAGAAGUUCCCGAAGCAGUUUACACAGAGAAAUAAAAUUAAAUAUAAAUUGGCUCCCUGUCCUCAAAGGGCUCACAGUCUAAAAAGAAACAUAAGAUAGACACCAGCAACAGCCACUGGAGAGAUGCUAUGCUGGGGUUGGAUAGGGCCAUCUCCAGCACAUUUAUAAGUUUGCUUUAUAUACAGCAGAUUUUAUCAUCAAGUUUUAUUGGCCAUUCAGCAAUGCCACAUGAUAUUGUUUUAUCACCCAAAUGUAAAGGUGAAUAACUCCAAAGUACUCUAACAUAUUUAUGUAAUAUAUUAGGUUAUAACAUGUUCGA